CACACAAGAAGAGUGUCGUUUGUGCUGCUGCUUUCUCUCGCCCUCCCAGCCCAGCUUCAGCAGACCAACACCUGGCCAAGCACCAGCUGACCAUGGUGGCCCCCUACGUUGCUAAAGGUGCGGUGGUGGUAGCGACUCUCGCCUGCGGAGGAUCCGCGUUUUCCAUACCGCCUUCUUCUGCAGCAUCAGCAGCAGCAGGCGUCGCCGGGGCACGACCAUCAUCGCGACAUGUGAUGGCAGCAGAGGCAGCACCAGGUCCCGGGAGCAGCGACUACUCGGCAGCAGAGUUGCCGACGUCGCGAAAGGAUGUGCUGGGAGCGGUGUUCGGGGCCGCGGCGAUGUCUUCCUUCGCCUUCGUUUCUGCCGCGGACGCUAAGGACGACCCGGCGCUCAAGGGCACCAAGGCAGACCCCGAGUUCGUAACCUGCCUCAGCGAUUGCAUCUAUUUCUGCACCAAGUCGAAGGAGCAGUCGCGCUCAAGGCAAGAGUGCAUCCCCGAGUGCCGCCAGACCUGUGCAAAGACGAAGGCGCAGGGCAUGAUCGGUGCGCCCCGCACAUCGGAAUAGAAAGAAGCAUCAACAUCGCGCGGGUGGACACGUUUAGAUACAAAAAAUUAGGUACGUACGUUAGCAAACACGGCGUUUCGUGGGAGCAUGCGAAGUUGUUUUUGUCUGCAAGCCCCACUGAUUCCACGCGGUGGGGCGGGGACCUUGGUUUUGUCAUCCCCUUCACCCACCCCCAAAAAAUGUGCUUUGGCAUGACAAGAUGCAAGCGGGGGUGUGAAAGCAACGUCCUUCUGCCCCCCCAUUGGGGGUAGCGAAUCCUGUUUCAACUACCGAUCGCGUGUACUGCUGCCGUGGUCUCUCGGUAGAGAGAGGUGCUGAGGUCGGGUUUGUGGGGUGCUGCAAGAUUGGCGUAGUGUUACUCCGGUGCAAAGAGAGAGCAGUGCAAUACAUAGUGGUUGCGAGUUUUUGUAGAGCACAAUAGUGGUCAAAGUCGAGGGAGAAGAUGCCAUGUUGUGAGGAGGCACUGGGUGUGCAGCCAUCAUGUGUGCGCAUUCGAGCGGUUGUUUUUUUGCGACGUCGAAUGAUGUCCAUAACCGAAGGUCCCAGGGUGCCAUGGGAACCAAAAUCGCGGGCGGUACUUAGUUUUUGAAGUGGCGGGCAUGAAGAGCUUGCAUUCCCCCGCACUUUACGAGCACUGGUUGCUCCGGCCGCGCCGGGCAGCGUUUGACCAGGGCCCUGGCCCAGAGCUUUCCGGUAGAAGAGCGCCCAUGCUCUCAUUGUCUAUUUUGUAGCAGGGCAGGCGAGACGCGCCUACACAUACAUGUAGCCAUUGAGGUGUGGGCUCGCUUGCUGCUUUCUUUCGCAUUUUUGACAGUAGGCCACUCGUCUCCUUCGAGGUGCAGCACCGUUUACAUUGUUGGUGUACUUGUAGAGACUCCGCAACACGUACGGUGCU